GUCGUUAGUGUGAAGCAGUUAAUGUCUGAAAAUCAAAACAUGGUCGGAUUCUGAAAUCGCAAUUUUUUGACAAAUCAUGUCGGUGAAUGACAGAAUGACGCAGUUAACGGAAAACUUCUCCAAAUUGCCCGAAAUAAGCGAUAGGGAUACAAAAAAAUCAGCUAUCGAAGAAAUUAAGGCUAAAUUAGAGACACUUCCUACUGAUCAACUGAAAGAAAUUGCGCAAAAUGUGAAUUACAACCUCGUUUUACCGGAGCUUGCUUCAGAUGAUAGGGAGUUGAUCGAUCCACUAUGUGACAUACUCCGAAAAUUGUUUGAUACAUUGGAGGGAGGCGAAGUGUACAGCAAAUAUCGGGAGGCGUUAAUAACUGCAUUGAGGGUUAACGAAGUUCCGGUCAAGAUGUUAACACUUCGGGAAUUGACAAGAACAAUACAGGAUCCCAUAGCAUUGUCGAUUUUGUGUAAGGAUUCUUACGUACUUGAUCUUAUUCUCAAGAACGUGGCUGACGAGGAUCUAACUAUCGUCCAAAUGUCUGGAGUCAUAUUGAAGAAAAUUGGUGAAGAUGCUAACGGGCUAAAAAUUCUCUGCAAACAAUUCCACAAGGAUCUAACAGAGCUGAUAUCUAAGAACAGCACUGUUGGUUUUAGAGUCUUAGAGAUAAUCGUCGAUAUAUCGGUGCAUUCAAAAGAAGGACUUCAAGCGUGCGAGGAAGCUGGAUUCCUGAAUAAUCUCAUAUUGCUUUUAUCAGAUAACGAGAUACUGGUACAGCUCAAUGCUCUAGAGUUGGUAACUAAGCUGGCUCUACAUCCCGAAGGUCUCAACUACCUUGAAAGGAAUGACGUCUUGCAAGAAUUGGCAGAAAAAAUUGUGCAAGCAAAUGAAGACCCACUGUCAUCUUUACUUAUUCCAGGGUUGAUAAAAUUUUUUGGAAAUGUUGCUCAGAAUACCCCCAACGAAAUAUUUUCCAAUUAUCCUGGUGUAAUCGCUGCAUUAUUCGAAGUCAUUGAGGCCGAGAACCUACAAAUUCUACCAAUUGCUCUAGACACUUUGGGUCAUAUCUCAGUCCGAGUAGAAGGUAAAUAUGCACUUGAUGAUCUGGGUGAUGCGAUGCCCAGAGUUUUAAAAAAGCUUGCUGAUGUGUUGAGGAGAUUGCCGUCAGAGAUCAAGAUAAGAGCUCUGAAUAAUCUUGGGCUAAUAUUGAAGGUGGAAGAAUUUGAACAAGACAACAGAAUCUUAUCAUUGACUAAAUCAUGGUUUGAUUUACUAGGCGAUGAUCCACUUGAUCUAAUAGUCAGUUUUUGUAAGCAGCCUUUUGCUGACAUUAGAGGAGCUGGAUUGGAGGUGCUGGGAAUUAUCGCUUUGCAAAUGUGGGGCCAGGAGUACAUAGCUAAUGCUCCUGGACUCAUAGAAUUCUUGUUAGACAGAAGCAUUGAGAGCUUCAAAGAAUGCAAAGAAGCUAAAUUUGAAGUAGUCAGAACCUUAAGCAGAACAACUGCAGAUAUAUUUGACGCUAAUACAAUUCAGAGGUUCAAACAAUUUGUAACUGAGGGGCCGAUGUAUGUGGAAACCAUUACAGACGUUGCAACGGAAGGAGCUUUGUAAUCUCUGAAAAUUUUGAGUCAUCAGAAAAAAAUUUGGUGUAAGGUUUGAGUCUUAACUGUGAGAGUUAUCAGUAUAUAAUAUGAUCUAAUAAAAUUUCUAAAGGUUUGUAAAA